AUGCCCUUCAGAUCUCAGUCGUCUUUUCAGCCCAUUGUUUCUUCUUUCCUCCGGCGCUGGCGCCAACAAACGACCAAGCAAGCAAUUUUUUCUGAUUCUCCAUCGCGGUCUCGUCUCUCUGCCUCGUUCUUCUUCAUCGACGGCAGAUCGUGGCUGAGAUGGCAUGGUCUCCGUUUAUCCUCGAACAAGCUCUCUCUUCUUCCAAUCCCAUCCAUCGAGGUCGACUCGGAGGAAAUCGUCCUCCGAUUGAGGAGUGUCGCGGCGGUGGAGCGAAGGCGGAGUAGGAGGAAGAUGUGGCAGCGCUUCGUCGUCGUCCUCCUCCUUCUCGCGAGAGGCUUGCGCGAUUAUGCGAAGGAUUUGGAGGAACUGAGAUCCGAGGGUUUCGUCGGAUGGAUCGGAGAUUAA